AUGGAAAUGAUAUGCACGCCACAAAACAAAGAAUUCGCUGAUCAACCACAAACAUUUAACUCAUCUUCUCAUGAAACUGUUGAACUCACUGAUGACUCAAAAUCAAGAAAUUUCGAAGACCAGAGAGUUUCACCGUUGAGAAAGGCCCCAAAGCCAAACCACAGCGAGCAACAAGUUAAAACAAAGCGCGUCAGAAAAUAUCAGAACUAUUUUCUCCAAUAUGGGUUCUCCUAUAUCACGGAAAAUUCAGUCCAAAAACCCCACAAAGAGUACACAGAUAAACCUCUUUUCUUUUUUAUUGGUCUUUCUCUCAAACAAGACACUCACUUUUUGUCAACAAUUCAGAAAAAAAUUGAAGAUGACAUCAACGUCUCAGACGAUGAUUUACCUCCUUUACCAAUCGAAACCACAAAAAACAAAGAGGUUUUUAAGCCAAGGAAAGAGCCUUCUGUUGAAGCGAAGAGGAUCACAAGAAAAGUAACAACAGACACGUGUAGGUCUGUUGUAGAUUCUGUCUUGAGUGAAAUAGCCAACCGUAUUUGUGAGGUGAAUCUUGCCAACGAGUUUAAAAAGGAAACAAAAAAGUAA